UCUACAAUAAAGCACAGAAUUAUAUCCAAUAAAGAAUUGGUUAUUAUGCACAACAUCCAAUAUUUUAAUGUCAAUACCGAUGGGUGAAGAAAAUUUUCCAAAAGUUGAGGGUGGCGGAUCAUUGAUACUGGCAUGGCAAAUCAAGAAUAAACGGGUACUAGUCGUUGGAGGCGGAGAGGUUGCGGCAGGUCGAAUCUUGAACGUUUUAAAUGCAGAUGCAAAGGUCACUGUUGUAUCACCUCGAGAAGGUCUCAACCCCGAAGUCGCAUAUCGAGUACAAGAGGGACAAGUCGACUUUGUGGAUAGAAAGUUCGAACCAUCCGAUCUCGACAAUGUUGACAUGGUAUUGACUGCCGUCGAUGACCCGGAAGCAUCUUCACAGAUAUGGAAGUUAUGUAAAGAAAGGAAAAUAGCAGCGAACAUUGCAGAUGUGCCCCCUGAAUGUGACUUCUACUUUGGAAGUGUUCAUCGAGAUGGUCCUUUACAAAUCAUGGUUAGCACAAAUGGGAAAGGUCCACGAUUUGCCAAUAUUGUAAGGAGACAAAUUGCUUCGAAUUUACCAGACAAAAUUGGAGAAGGGAUAGAGAAGGUUGGAAAGUUGAGGCAGAUGCUCAGGAAGGUUGCACCAGGACCAGAAGAAGGACCAAAGAGGAUGGCAUGGAUGAUCAAAGUUAGCGACGCUUAUAGUUUGGAAGACCUACAUGCGAUGAACGAAGAAGAUAUGGAAAUGCUACUAAGAUUCUACGCCCCAAAUCAAGUCCCACGAUUUCAUUGUUUACAGAAGAUGAAGGAUAAGUCGUGGGACUUGGGAUGUUUACGACCAUUGAAGGAUGAGGAUGAAACUUUCGAUGGCUCUUGGGGAUUUUCAGUGGGAUGGGGUUGAUAGAUUUGACCGACGGUAUACAUAACGGGAAAUAUUGGCGUUUAUUCCAUCAGAAACAAUUCUACGAAAGAGUACUUGAUAGGCACUUUUCCAAGCUUUUGGAAUAACAGUUACUUAUCAUGGACUAUCUCAAUCGAAAACAAUUAGAAAUGAACCGAGAGAAUUUAUCAUAUUGGGACAAAAGUGCUGAUGUUUCUCCCAUCAACUUACCCACUCCAGCCACUCUCAUCUUACCUUUUUCUUGGCUGCAAUGUUCUGUUGAAGUUCGUCCACCACUCUUAGUAUGAAACGAUGUUCGGCCAAGCUCUGAUGUUAUAUAUAUGAUUCUUUCGAGUUGUGGCUUGGGUCUGAUUUCGUAUAUUUGACUUUCUUGAGUUUGUGUUCUAGGUCUGACGACUUCAAAACUCACAUACUUCGUACAAACAUAUAUUGCUUGUCAAGAGUUCUUGGGGUGUAUCGGUCGGAGAGUUUUAGGUAGAUCUGAUAUGCCCAACAACAUGUUUUUGUUCUAUUGCAGAUUGUCCAUUUCUCCGCGUUUCACUAGGUUAAUACGUCCGGGGUCCCCACAUCCCACGUACGCUGGAGAAUUCUCCUCAUCAAGUCAUCAAGUCAUCAAGUCUGAUCAUAGUAGAUCUUAUCUUCGA